GCUCCCCUCCGCAUCUCCGUUCGCCAUGGCAUCCUCCUCCGAGCCCUCGGCGCUGCCGACGCUCCUGGUGUUCCGCGUCCGAGAGCUGCGGUUCCUCGCGGCGCUGCGCGAGCGGUACCGCGUCCUCGACUUCUUCACGUCGGGCUCGCCGCUCGCCGCCUUCCUGGCCGCGGCGGCCGGCGGCGCGGACCCGCCCCGCGCGUUGGUGACCGUGGGGGGCGACUCCGUCCGCGUGGACGCCGCGCUCCUGGACGCCGUCCCGUCGCUCCGCUUCGUCCACAGCACGGGGGCCGGGCUGGACCACAUCGACCUCGGCGAGUGCGCGCGCCGCGGCGUGGGCGUCGCCAGCUCCGGCACGGUCUACUCCACCGACGUCGCCGACCACGCCGUCGGCUUGCUCGUCGACGUGCUCCGCCGCGUGUCCGCCGCCGACCGGUUCGUCCGCCGCGGGCUCUGGCCGCUCCACGGCGACUAUCCCCUCGGCAGCAAGCUGGGCGGCAAGCGCGUGGGCAUCAUCGGCCUGGGCAACAUCGGCACGCUGAUCGCGAAGAGGCUGGCAGCCUUCGGCUGCGUCAUCUGCUACAGCUCCAGAAAGCCCAAGGAAUCCGUCUCCUACAGGUACUUCCCUAGCGUCCACGACCUCGCGUCGGAAUCGGACGUGCUCGUCGUCGCGUGCGCGCUGACCAGGGAGACGCGCCACAUCGUGAACAAGGACGUGCUGGCGGCGCUCGGGAAGGACGGGGUCGUGGUAAACAUCGGCCGGGGCCCGAACAUCGACGAGGCGGAGCUGGUCGCGGCGCUCAAGGAGGGGAGGAUCGCCGGAGCCGGCCUGGAUGUCUUUGAUAAGGAGCCUAAGGUGCCGGCAGAGCUCUUCUCCAUGGACAAUGUGGUGCUGACGCAUCACGUCGCGGUCUUCACGACAGAGUCCAGGUCCGACCUCCGUGACGUCACCAUCAGUAACCUUGAAGCUUUCUUCGCCGGUAGGCCGCUGCUUAACCCGGUGCUUCACUCUUGAUGGUUUGUUCGUGUUAUUGCAGCAGGUCGAUCCAUGUACGUGUAGGAAUGUGAUUUGUUGAAUACAUUUUAUUUUCGACCC